CUGGAAAUCGGCCGUUAUGUCGACUUCGAAGGGACUCACUACCCGCUUGGAGCGCUCGCGCGCGUCAAUCGCCAACUUCACGAAAUCUUUCGCGGAGAGCUCUACCGCGCGGCCGUCCGGGACGAGAUGAGCGACAUCACGUUCGAUGCCGCCGCCGAUGGCAAUCUGGACACGCUCAAGGUCGCGGCGGAAUUCGGCGCCGACUUCGACACCAUUUACGAUGCGGAGACCACCCAAGAAAUCAGCGACGUGUGGUACGACAGCGAGGCAUUGAAUCGUUUGGCUGGGUACGACAGCGACGACAGCGACGAUGACAAUGACAUCGGACCGCCCAAAUGGGCAGCUUUUGCCACGCCUCUUUGCAUGGCUGCCUUCAACGGGCAUUACGACGUCGUCAAGUGGCUUCUUGCGAGGGGAGUGAACAUCAACACUCCCGGCAGAUUUGUUUGCGAUUGUACAUCCGUGGAAUUCGAUAUGGCGGGGAAUCAAGAGAACGCGGAACAUCCGUUGUGCAUAUACCCUGCGUGGACUCCUCUGCAUUUCGCCAAUUGCGGCGGCCAGACGUCCGUCGCCCGACUUCUUCUCUCAGCCGGCGCCGAUGAAAACCUGGUCAGAACUACAGACUCCCCAGAUUACCCCGCCGUCAUCCUGAGCAAGUUUGACGGCGACACACUGACCGGGGCCGUGGGCAUCGCGAUGAACGAUCCGCACGGCGAGAUUGCUGCCGACGUCAAUCAUCUGCCCGUGAGACUGAUCCACGACGCUGCAGCUUCUGGGGAUGAAUCGCUAGUGAAAGAACUCGUCACGAAUCGCGGGCAGGAUGUCGACACCCCUGACGGAAGCGGCGCAACACCGUUGUACUACGCGAUUAUGUCGGCCGAACACGCCACUGUCAAGCAGCUGCUUUCUCUCGGUGCUGACCCGACCCGACCUCUCAGUGGACGGGGUACGCCGCCAUUCACUAUUAGCGCCGCCCUACUCGGAGAGGACACGGUCGUCAAUGUGCCGGCAGAAGCCUACUUCAACGCUCUUGACUAUGCCGUCAACAACGACUUCAUCUCCAACAACAUCAAGGACAAAAUCGCCGUCAACUUCGAUGCAGGGGAGGAGGAUGAGGAUGAGGAGCACGAGGAGCACGAGGAACACGGAGAGCACCAGUGCUGCCCAUGCCAUCACGAACACCACGACGAUGAUGAUGACGACGAUGACUCUGACAGCUCCGAUGACGAUGACGACCGCGAUGACGACGAUGGAGACCGCCAUGACGACGAUGACGAAGAGGAAAAUUAUCCUUGUGCCAAGGUGAUCCUGGAUCAUGGAGGCGCAAGCUGGGUUGACACAGAUCCUUUCGCAGCCACCGAAGGUAUCGCGUACCCGCACUCCAGCUUGAAGCUGCUUCAGUAUUGGACAUCAACAUACGUCGACAAGGAUGACAAGGAAAAUAUGGGAAUGAACGUCUGCAGAUUGCUACCCAGCUUUGUCCGAUCCACCGCGGAACACGCCGGUCCGAAGAGGCGUGACCUGACCGAGUCCGAGAUGCAGAUCUCGUUCCUUCUCGCCCUCAUCAACCCCCACUUCUCGGCGAAAGACAUGGACCGUUUCCUGAUCAGCACCUGCUCGAUCUUUAGCCUCUACCUCCCGGUAGACGAGACCGAGUUCCCGCGGUUCCUUCGCACGUUCGGCCGCAGGGACCUCAGGCUGGACGACAAGGAGAUCAGGGAGCUGACGAGCCUCUCGAAGCAGCCGCGCUUCCACAACUUCGCCCUGUGCUUCCUCAUGUGGUUCGCGCCGCUCUGGCCCCACACGGAGGAGCUGCUGAACAAGGUCAACUGGCUCCUCCAACAGAACGGCGGCAUGCCGGUCUCCGUCACCCGUCUCAACCUCGUCGACGCUACGCCUCUUCACACGUACCUCCGCAGGGUAGAGGCGACCUACCACAACGAACAUCAAAACCGUCUCUUGCCUCAGUAUUUCAUUCGCACAAUGCAGGUGGCUGAACGUACUGGGCCAAACGGACCCAAGGACAUGGAGCACAUUUGCCACAUUGUGAAUGCUCUUGGGAGGAACGGUGGAUGGUUGCCUCUCAAGAACGGCAAGGGCAAAGACAUCCCAAAGGUGGUGGAGCUGUUCGCAGAUCUCCCGCAUCUGGUGAAGCACGGGCUUGGCAAGCGAACCAAGCAAUCGAUGCCUCGCGGGCUCAUUUCUAAGCUUCCGGGCUUGUAA